AUGAUUGGACCAAACAAAUUACUCAGUGAUUCGUGUUUGUGGAGAUUCAUUUAUUAUGCAUUUGUGAACAAAAACCGCCAAUUUUGCAUUUUUUCUAAACAAAACUAUACCAUGAAGUUACUCAAGGGUCUUUCCUUAGCGUUGUGUCUUAGCUGUGUCCAUAGCUCCCAAGCCAAGGAGUUUAGUACUCUGGACCUCGAGCUUCUAUAUGAGCUUCUCAACAUGGUUCAAGAAAAACAGGCUCAAGAAUCCAUGAGUAGUAUCCAAGGAGGGCUCGAAUUGCGCCACAAGGUUGCGUCUGCUUCGGUCGAAACCACAGACCAUUUCGAGCCUAAUCGAGUGGUCAAAUAUGUCAAUUCUUCCCAGCUCCAAAACGUUUCUGUCGAGGCAGCCCAGGUCAAGAAACCGAGAAAAAUCAUCAGUGCCGGGGUUUAUUUUGAUGCUAUCAAGAACAACGACGAGGAUGAUGAUGAUUGUGACGGAGGCAAAUGGUUCUGGCCAUUUUCGGUGGGUAAUUCCACAGCUGUUCAGCCUCGAAUUCCAACCUCUUUUCUUGUGAGUUACGCAAGUAACAACAGCCACGGAUUAUUCACCGGACGAAGACACCAACUCAAUGCUACUACGCCCGUCAACACCACUCACACGACUCCUACUCGUGCAACUCUUGCUCCUGUGACAUAUGUCGAGUCGCCAAUGCCGUUCUUUGUCCACAAGUCUGACGCUCAAACGUUGGUGUUCCCGGGGCUUUUGUACAUAAUGGUUGUAUUACUGUUAAGCUACUAA